AUGCGACAGCUGAUUCACGCCAACGAAAGGUGCGCCGGCAAGUCGAAACACCAUCUCCACCAAAUCGACCCGGCGGACGACGACGGCCGCGACAACCGGCACACCCCAACGUUUGCACAGGCAGCAGCGGGACAACGCGCCAACCGCCGCGGCCGCGGACGCAGGGCCAUCACCACUACCAACAACAUCACCAACAACACUCACGCCACCAACAACACCUCUAACAACACCACUACCACCAACAACACCUCCGACGACACCACGCCCACUACCACCACCACCACUACCGCCACCACCAUCGGCAGCAGCAGCAACAACAACAACAACAACAACAACAACAACAACAACAACAACAACAACAACAACAACAACAACAACAACAACAACACCGGGGGCAACCCCGACCCGCGCCACGGCACGGGCAACGAGCGGUCAAGGGCCACUACCGCACAGAUUCAGGGCCCACGGAGAGCAGCGACGCAACCGACCACCACGCGCUGCCCCAUCGACACCACCAGCCAGGUGGAGACCAACGGAAACCGCAAUGAGGAAGCGGCCUCCCAACCUGCGCAGGCGUCCUCCCACUGA